AUGGCGGAAAUUUUACAACCUGUUGAUACAACAAUAGAAAGUAAUGUUGAAAAUAAUAUCAAUCCACCACAAGAUGUUUUAGAAAAAAGAAAACAACUUUUAGAUACAAUAUGUCACUCAAUGAAAAGAACACAUGAAUUAUUUUAUCAUGAUUAUGAUUCAACUUUAUAUGAUGAUGAAAGUGUAUAUUUAUGGAAAAAAUAUAAAUUAAACUCAGAAUGUAAAUCUGUUAAAAAAGCCAUAGAGAAUAACAAAAAAGCUGUUAUUGAUGAAAAAAUGAAUUUACCAAAACAUCAAUAUAUUGGUCAAGCUGUAGAUAAUUUUAAAAAUCAAUUAAGUAUUAAAGAUACUGAAAAGACUCAACUAGCAUUAACUUCUAGUAGUUCAACAAAUAAAUUAUCAGGUGAUAUUUUGAAUAAUAGGGAAUCUAGUGAUCAUAAUGUUAGAAUGUUAUUACCUUCAAAAGCACCAUUAACUGUAAAACCAAAAUGGCAUCCACCAUGGAAAUUGUAUCGUGUUAUUGCUGGUCAUACAGGUUGGGUUAGGUGUAUUGAUGUUGAACCUGGAAAUCAAUAUUUUGUAACUGGGGGUUCUGAUAGAAUAAUAAAAAUUUGGGAUCUUGCUACUGGUAAUUUAAAAUUAUCAUUAACUGGACAUAUAUCAUCUGUAAGAGGAGUUAAAAUAUCUCCUAGGCAUCCAUUCUUAUUUAGUUGUGGAGAGGAUAAACAAGUAAAAUGUUGGGAUCUUGAAGUUAACAAAGUUGUUAGACACUAUCAUGGUCAUCUUUCAGCUGUCCAGGGACUUUCAAUACAUCCAACACUGGAUGUUCUUUGUACGGCUGGUAGAGAUUGUACAGUUCGUGUAUGGGACAUAAGAACAAAAGCACAAGUUCAUACUUUAACAGGACAUACAAAUACGGUUGCUUGUGUUGCUACUCAAGCAACGAAUCCUCAAAUUAUUUCUGGUUCUCAUGACUCGACAAUACGUCUAUGGGAUUUAGCUGCAGGAAAAACUUGGUGUACACUAACUCAUCAUAAAAAAAGUAUCCGUGCACUAACUUUACAUCCAUCUUUAUAUAUGUUUGCUAGUGGUUCGACAAAUAAUAUUAGGCAAUGGAAAUCUAAAAAUGCUGAAAUGGUUCGUUCACUAAAUCAACAUCAAGCUGUUAUUAAUGCUUUAGCUUGUAACGAAGAUGGUGUUUUAGUUUCUGGUGGUGAUAAUGGUUCAUUACAUUUUUGGGAUUGGAAUAGUGGUUUUUGUUUUCAACAAGAUCAAGUAAAAGCACAACCUGGUUCUAUUGAUUCUGAAUCAGGUAUUUUUUGUUUAACAUUUGAUAAAUCAGGAUCACGUUUAUUGACUGGUGAUGCUGAUAAAAGUAUCAAAAUGUAUAAAGAAGAUUUAACAGCAACAGAAGAAAGUCAUCCUUUACAAUGGAGACCUAAUAUUUUAAAAAGACAGAAGUUUUAA